AAUUCAAGUACCCUCUGGUACAUAACUUCAUGUUAUUGAAUUCUAAUGUAAAUGACUAGUUUACUUGGUAAAACAGACAGCUCCCAGUAGAACAUCUGAAAUGUCUGCAGUUGGUCGACUUCCAGCAGCCCUUCAAGGGAUCGAUAUCAGAGAAAUGCUUGCUGGCGCAUCCUUCAUGGAUGGGGCAACUAGGACGAAAGUGGUGAAGAACAACCCUGCUGCAUUGCUUGCUUUAUGUUGGUAUUGGGCUUCUGAUGGUGUAGGAUCUAAGGACAUGGUAAUUCUUCCUUACAAAGACAGCCUUUUGUUAUUCAGUUGGUAUCUACAACAAUUUGAUUUGGAUGGCAAUCAGGUCAAUCAAGGGCUUACUGUUUAUGGGAAUACAGGAAGCACAGAUCAGCAUGCGUAAGUUAUUUUUUGAUAAAGUAAUGCCACUAUUACUU